AUACGGCUUAUAACCCCAAUUAUUUUCAGUUUGCUGUAUUUUCUCUAUAAACUGUUCCGUUUUUUCACCUCUCGGGGAAAUGCGAGUUAAUUUGACGUAAAGCGAUUAUGGCGGUCGCGCUGUCCGCGCAGGCGCAGUACGCCAUCAGCCUCGAGCCGCGCUCCCGCGCACUUGCGCCCAUUCAAAUGGAACCGCUGCGUUUGGCGCGAAAUUUAAAUGCGACUAACUAAUCGACGACGUCAAUAAACAUUCAAUUCAUUGCUAGCUUUGUCAUAAAAGUUAACAAAUGAUAACAAUCGGUUUGCACCAAAACAAAACACGACAUUACAAAAGCGAACGGGAAAUUAAUAAAUCACGGUUGAAUUCUUUGCUAACGACGCGUCUGUAAUGCGGUCUAAUAGCGACAGUAGAAUCUGUUUUCUCUGAGAUUCCGCGGACGUUUGGUCCGUGCGUUUCUGGCAGUCGAGCAUAUGCCGACGUAUCGGUUGGUGGAAAGUGCGGGCGUGCUGAGCCGGAUCCUGCGCGGCGUGAAGAUGUGUUUCCUGAACGUGUUGCGGCUGCACGUGACGCAGAGUCAGCGGCAGAAGCGGCUGUACAAGCAGUACAUGGAGCAGCUGGCGGGGGCCUAUGUGGAGAGAUGUACGGACCUGAGCUCGAUGCAGUGGGACCGGCGGUACAGCUACCGGGUGCCGUCGCCGGAGUGGCGCUACUCGCUGCCCUGCGAGGACCACUGGUGCAGCUCGGAGGGCUCGCGCUCCUGCUGCGGCUCCGAGUGCUCCGACAGCGGCCGUUGCUCCUCGCCCUGCUGCUCAGAGGUUAUCUUCAAUGGCGGCCACCACUUCAGCGGGAAGCGGCCCUCGCAUGUCUGUCACCGUUAUCCUAUUUGCUAUCCCGGAAACUUUGGGAGCGGUCGUCUAGCUGUCGAGGGGUGGUGGUGCGGGCGCGCGAUGCCGGGCGCAGGCGGGCGCGCCAACAACGGCGCGCUGGCGCUGCACUACGCGGCCGCGAGGGGGUGCCUCGACUGCGUGCGGCUGCUGACCAACACUACGCCCGAUGUCUCUGCCAACACGGCGAUGGAUAACGACGUGACGCCAGUGUACCUGGCGGCCCAGGAGGGGCACCUGGCGGUCCUCAAGUACCUCGUGCUGGAGGCCGGCGGCCGGCUGGACGCGCGCGCUCGCGACGGCAUGCUGCCCAUACACGCGGCCGCACAGACUGGCUGUCUUGAUUGUGUUAAGUGGAUGAUUGUCGAACGAGGAGUUGACCCAAACGCGAGGGAUGGUGAUGGGGCCACACCACUCCACUUCGCGGCCUCUAGGGGUCACCUGAGCACGGUGCGGUGGCUGCUUAGACACGGCGCCAGAUUGCACCUGGACAGGCACGGCAAGAGCCCCAUCAACGAUGCUGCUGAAAAUCAUCAUUUGGAGUGUUUGAACGUGCUGGUAGCGGCUGGCGCGGCGGGCGCAGACAACAAACAGCUCUCUUCAUACAAAGCCAUCCACUCCUGCGCAUGUGCCCCGGGAGAGGCACGAUGCGCUCUCCCAAACUGCAUAAACGCGAACGGGACUCGCUCCCCAUUCUACCUGCACGCCCCGGAACGAGAGCGUCGCAGCUCAGUGCAGGAGAGGCGAGGGUCCCUGCCUUCCACCGCCGGGUCCAUCAGCUCGGCGCGGUCCGGACCGGCUGACGGGCUGUAUGUGAACCCCAUGCAGAGAGCCGUGUCGACCAGCGUCACGCAUCACAGUUCCUCAGGAGAGGAAAGUUCAGCGUGUUCAGCAUCGGACGCGGACGUCAAUGCUGCCGGUGGCUGGUUCCUCCACAACACGAGCAGCUCGGGCGCGCCGGCGGCGCUGUACCAGAGAGUGCGCGACCUGUUCCACACGCGCUCCUCGCCAGGACCCAGGGUGCCUGCUGAAGGGCAGGAGGCUCCCGCUAUGACUGUGAAAGCAGAGAUCCACGGCUCCGCUGAGGCGACGACUGCGCAGGAGCAGUCUGACAGCGACAGUGGCGCCGAAGCCACGCGCCGGGAUCACCACUACGAGGACAUCUACAUGCCCCGGGAGGAGCAUCAGAGACGAAGGAGCAGUUCUCGUGACUCUGGAAGCCACAGCAGGCCUGGCAGCGCCGCGCUCGUCGUUGACUACAACACGAAAGAUACUACAGACACUGCAAGUAAGGCAUAUGAAGAGGUGACGCCGGUAUCAGAGGCGCAGGCCAAGUCUUCGAUAGCCACAAAACUCGCUGCGCUCACACAUAAGGCACAGAACUUUGCCAGCCGUCUAUCGUCGGCUGCAGGUAGCCGUCGGGCCUCAGUCUCCGACGAGGUGGCCACAGUCCAGGCCUCGGCUUCGUCCGGCGUGUCCUCUGGCGGCAGUUCUGGUGGUAGCUCUGGAGAUGAAGCUCCUCCACCGCCACCACCGCCUCCCCCACCAGUAGUGCUUGAGGAACCAGCUCUCAAGCCUUCGGAGUUAAGGGGAAGGAUCGCGGGGCGACGCGGCUCGGCGGCGUCCGCAGACGACGAUAGACCACGCGGGCCCAACCUCGUCAACAAGCAAGCGGUGCUCCCCUUCGUGCCUCCCGCGUUCCCGCACAACGCGCCGGACCGUCUUAUCAAACCGUCGGAGUAUUUGAAAACAAUCACGGCGCCUUGCAAGCGGGACGACGGCCCGGCGGAGGAGCGGCCCCCGCCGGCGCCGCCGGUGCCGGCCGGCAGCGUGCCUCCGCCGCCGCCGCCGCAGCCGCCCGCCACGCAGCACCAGCAGCCGCUGGCCGCCAUCAGCAGCGCCGAGCUGUCCGCCGUGCGCCUGCGGACCCCCGCGACCAAAACCAUGUCCGCGCCGCCGCCCGCGCGCUCCGUCAGCCUGCAGUGCCUGCCUAGUGCAGCGGAAAGUUACAAAAACGCCAAGACGGAUUUGAUUGAGGAACUCAAAAUGUCCAAGGAUAUAACUGGAAUCAAGAAGCUGAAAGUGGAACGUGCGCGUCGCGAGAGCCUUCAGGACAAGGAGACAUUCACGGAGUUCACCAAGAGGUUCACAGCGGAGAACUUUGUUGAUCAGGUACCGGAGCGGGAUGCCGCGGGGAACGUGAUCCCCGCGUGGAAGCGGCAGAUGCUGGCCAGGAGGGCCGCGGAGAAGGCCCGCAAGGACCUAGAGAGGGAACUGGCAGGAGAGGCCGAGAGGAGGAGGGCGGCCGCCGUCCCAGCCUGGAAACGCCAGCUCUUACAGCGGAGGGAGGAGGCAGAGAACAGGUUGAGGCAAUCGUUAUACACCCCUAAGGUUGAAGAAACGAAUGGUCAGUCCAACGGUGAGUGGCGGUCGUACCCCAGCGGGACCCAGCGCGCCGUCUCCAUAGACAACAUCUCCAUGUGCUACGACACUCCUGCGCAGCCGAUGCGCGCACCGUCAGAGGCUAAACUGUCCAGCGAUCAUUGUAACGGUCAUUCGAUGACCAACGGCAAGCACGAAGACGAAGAAGAAGAAAAGGCAAAGAUCAUACCAUGGCGGGCACAACUACGCAAGACCAACAGCAAACUGAACCUCCUUGAAUAGACAUUGAGGAGUAGGAGACAAGCUCCGCCCACCUAGUGAGGCGCCGCGUCUGGACCGCGCGGCUGUAUCGGGCCCCAACCAUAGGGCUGUCAAUAGUCAAGCAAUGCUCAGAAAAUCCGACGGAAAAACGAUUUAAAUUAUAAUUUAUCUAGGUUAGUUUUUGUAAUUAUCGCUAUUUAUUAUUAUUUCCUGAAUAAUGAGCUUGCCUGAAUGCUGAGCAGUCAACACAAGCCCAACGCGAGUAAUGCCGCGCGGUCUCACUUGCGGUCUAGAGAUAUAUUAGUAAAGUUUAUAACCCAAGUCGUCAAGCAACUCCCAGUUGAAGUAUAUUCGUUGUUUGAUAUAAAUAUAAACUUGAUUGUAACGAGUCCAAAUAAUUGUAGAAGUGAUUUAAGCGAAAUGUAUCGUAUUUAAUGUGUAAACGACAUUUAUGAUAAGGUAUGUAGAUGGAAUGAGUUUCUGAGUCGAUUAAGUAGAUUUAGAAUAAUGUAGUAACUUCAAAAUUAAUUUGUUUUUUUAAGCAUUAUGUUAUGAAAAUUUGUUUUUUGUUUUAUAAUUGGACGUUAACUUUUUUAUUAUUUUUCAACUAAAUUUUCAUACGUAUCUGAUAAAAAUAGAUACGUAUUUUAAAUUUAGUAUUUAAAAUUCUGUUAACGAUUAUGAAAUUAUGAU